AUGGCCGCCCCAGAGCUCACUGAGGGCACCAUCACAGUGGAAGGCCAAAGCCUCUUCUACCGCCGAGCCGAGCCGGCCCAGCAGGCACCAAAGCUAACGGUGCUGCUGCUGCACGGCAUUCGCUUCUCCUCUGAGACCUGGCUUCAGCUGCGGACACUUGCCACGCUGGCUGAGAAUGGAUACCGAGCUGUGGCUGUUGACCUGCCGGGGCUGGGGCGCUCAAAGGAUGCCGUGGCGCCAGCACCCGUGGGCCAGCCAGCACCAGGGGCUUUUCUGAAAGCAGUUUCGGAGGCUCUCUGCCUGGGUCCGGCCGUGGUGAUCAGCCCAUCGCUCAGCGGCAUGUACUCCCUGCCUUUCCUCUUCCAGCACAACCACCUGCUCAAGGCGUAUGUGCCCGUGGCACCCAUCUGCACCGAGAAAUUCACAGCAGAGCAGUACGCCCAGAUAAAAACCCCCACGCUGAUUGUGUACGGAGACCAGGACGCGGAGCUGGGGCAGGCCAGCCUGAACAACCUGCAGCACCUCCCCAAGCACCAGGUGCUGGUGCUGCGGGGCGCCGGACAUGCCUGCUACCUGGACAAGCCCAGCGAGUGGCACCAGGGGCUCCUGGCCUUCCUGCAGCAGCUGGAGUGA